AUGUCGCGGAAAGACUUGACGAUAAUGCCUGGUGCAGUUGUGUGCAGUGAAUGCGUCCUGCAGGGUGACAUAACCAUUGGAACACGAACCGUUAUUCACCCGAAGGCAAGAAUCAUCGCCGAAUCGGGCCCCAUUAGGAUUGGUGAGUCAAACCUCAUCGAGGAACAAGUGGAGAUAGUCAAUACCAUUCCAAAUACCAUUCUAAUUAUUGGCGAUUUCAAUGUCUUCGAGGUCGGGGCGCGUGUCUAUAGUCGCGAGAUCGGGAACAGCAACGUGUUCGAAUCCAAGUGCUUCGUCGGCCCACAAGUUCGGAUCUCAAAUGGUUGUGUUGUCGGCGCCAUGUGUAGUUUGUCAGCGUCAGAACAACUUCCUGAGAACACAGUCGUGUACGGGGAAAAGUGUCUCAGACGCAUAGCCACCGAGCGGCCUAUCCCACAGGCACUGCAGCUGGACUUUCUGGGGAAAAUCCUGCCAAAUUACCACCACGUGAUGCUCGCAAGCAAACUGUCCACAGGUUCAAUGAAGGGGACCCCAACAAAGCGCUGA